AUGUCGCAAUCGAAACCUCGCAUCCUUUUCUUCAACGCCGUCCGCCAUGCACUACAGGAGUAUGAGGCUUUGAAGCUGGUGGCCAAUCCCGAAGUGGUCACUAGUACCUCACGAGAUCAGUUCUUCAGCGACUUGCGCAGCAAGUAUCAGAAUAUCGAGGCUAUUUUCAGAACGUCUUCUAGUGGAGUUGUUGCUGGAAAGUUUGACGAAGAGUUCGUGAACCAAUUGCCUACGUCUUUGAAGUACAUCUGCCAUACUGGCGCCGGAUACGAUCAGAUCGACGUCGAUGCCUGCACGCGGCGCAACAUCAUCGUCACUUAUGCGCCAGACCCAGUCACGUCGGCCACUGCCGACCUGACCAUUUUCCUUCUCCUCGGAGCCAUCCGCCAGUUGAAUCCCUCUUUUACUAGUCUAAGGAGCGGCAACUUCAAAAAAGGCCUCGACUUUGGCCAUGAUCCUCAAGGCAAGACAUUGGGAAUUCUCGGCAUGGGCCGCAUUGGUCGUGCAGUCAAGCGCCGGGCCGAGCCUUUUGGGCUCAAGACAAUCUACCACAACCGGAAGCCGCUGUCGAAUGAUCUCGCUGCAGGCUGUCAAUAUGUUUCCUUCGAUGAACUUCUCAGCACCAGCGAUAUUAUCUCUGUCCACGUCCCGCUAUCAGCCAGUACUACGCACUUGAUCGAAGCCGCAGAGAUCGCCAAGAUGAAGCCGGGUGUAGUCUUGAUCAAUACCGCCCGUGGUGCUGUCAUUGAUGAGGCAGCUAUGGCCGCCGCCCUGGAUGAGGGCCACAUCGCAGCGGUUGGGCUGGAUGUCUACGAAAAGGAGCCACUGGUUGACGAGCGACUAGUCAAGAACGAAAGAGCAUUGCUCGUACCUCACCUGGGAACCCACACCGUUGAGACACUUGGUCAGAUGGAGUCGCUGGCCAUAGAAAACGCACGCCGGGGUGUUUUAAAGGAAAGGUUGUUGACGGUCGUUCCUGAGCAGGCUGAGGCCUACGAGCAGUCCGCUGGGCCUCCGAAGCAUUACAUCGUGACCAUGGAAAAGCGUUUGAUGGAAACCGAACAAGUUCUCUGCGCACUGUUGGCUCAAGUGUCAGGGGACCAACUGGAAAGAGCAUUUCGUGAUAUCCCAAAAGCUGGCCUCCGAUCGACUGGGGGUGCAUCAUCGGCCCAUGGCGGAGCAUCAAUUGAGGUGGUCAAAGGAGAAAAGUUUGGCCCUGCGUACUGGGCCUCCCAUCCUAUCGACUCAGUAGAAGCUGUUCAGCGUUGGUGGGCAGAACGAACCUCGAAAGAACCAAGCGAGACGUCCAAUCAAAAUUCUCACGCGUCCGAGGUUGCUGCUACGAACGACACGCCGACUGAUGAUACACCAGGCGGCGAUGAGAGUUACGGGGAUGAUGAUAUCGAGGAGUCCGAGGGCACGACGCGCGCAGAAAGCAUGGGAGAAGAUGGAGAAACCCUCGUGAUAGACCCGGAUAUGUCAAGCGCCUUGGGGAUACGCGACACGGGCGGAGGAGCUGUUGGGUUACUCUCAGCAGGGAUGACGGGUUCUAGAGCCAACCUCGACACGAGAACGAGUGAAAAGAAGCGGCAGACGCGCCCGCCAGCUUUGGAAAGCUACGAAAGCGCAUUCCUUUGGUAA